CCGAGAAAGCAAUGACGCAUUGAAAAAUUUUCGAUGGAAAAUUCAUCCAUCGAACAUGAACGAUACGAGACUAUCGUAAGUUGAAACCGCCAUAUUAAUUCUCGCGAGAUCGUUCAAUCGCGCGGAACAUUGCAUAGGGAAUUGUGCAGGAGACUUGCCAGUUGCGCGCGCGAGAGGGAGGGAUUUUGUUGCGAUCGCACAGUGUACGCAAGUACUGGCACGCUAGCUACCCGCAGGCGACAGGGAAAGGGAAUCCGAUAAGACCAGAUAACACGCGAAUUUAUUUUUCCAAUCCGGGGACGACGCUCCAGGAUUUGUCCGCACACUCCGCGCCAGAAGGGCGAGCGAUUGCGGAAUCCUGGCGCGAUGUGGCCCGCACUACGUCGUGUUUCACGCUAAUCUAAGGUUUCGUCAUUAUCUCCUGACCUGUCCCUCCUAACAACCCUCGUCGACCGGCAGGCUCGCACGAGCAGCACGAGCCUGUUCGUGCGUAUGCAUUAAGUGCAUGUCCAUUGGCGUAUAAUUCUGCGAAUCCUGGUGGACGGUGUUCGUCAAGAGUUUGUGAUGGCGUUGUUAAAGGAUAAGACACAAUUUACAUUCGAGGACAAAUGGCCGUACAUGCGUCCAAUUAUAUUGAAACUGCUCAAGCAAGAGCCAGUGACGCAAGGCGAAUGGCAGGAUUUGUUCUAUUCCGUUCAUGUAUGCCUCUGGGAUGACAAAGGGCCUCCCAAGUUACGUGAUGCUCUGCAGGAGGAUAUAAUGGACUUUAUAAAACAAGCUCAACUGAGAGUUUUAGCGCAUCAAGAAGAACAAGCAUUAUUGAAAGCGUACAUCGCCGAAUGGAGAAAGUUUUUUACUCAAUGUAAUUAUUUACCAACACCAUUUAGGCAACUAGAAACGUAUCUCGCAGGAAAAACUAGUUCUUCCAGUGCGCAGAAGAAAAUUCAGCCCGACGACAUUGUUAGAAAGCUAAUGUUGGACAGUUGGAACCAAAGUAUAUUCAAUGAAAUAAAACAAAAACUCCAAGAUGCAGCCAUGAGAUUAGUACGAGCUGAAAGAAAUGGCGAGGCAUUUGAUUCUCAACUCGUUAUCGGUGUCAGAGAAUCUUAUGUGAAUUUGUGUUCAAAUCCAACGGACAAACUCCAGAUAUAUAGAGAAAAUUUUGAAGCGGCGUAUAUACAAGCCACUGAAGCAUUUUACUGGAUAAAAGCUCCAGAAUAUCUGUCUGUGCAUGGUGUCGAGAAUUAUAUGCGUUACGCCGAUUUGAAGUUAAGGGAAGAGGAGGCACGCGCUCAGAAAUAUUUGGAACCAAAUUCUGCGAGUAUGCAACGAUUAACGGAUUGUUGCGUGAAAGUGUUAGUUGCAACUUUCAAACCAGCGAUACUCGCUGAAUGUCCACGAAUGAUUCAACAUAAUCAAACUGAUAAACUUCGCCUCAUGCUGAAAUUAAUGGAUAGAGUACCCGACGGUGUCAAUCCUAUGUUGAGAAAUCUGGAAGAACAUAUUGCGAGCGCAGGUCUAGCGGAUAUGAUGGCAGCUGUAGACGUUAUCACUCAAGAUUCAGAAAAAUACGUGGAAAGACUGUUAGAUCUUUUCCAUAGAUUUUCCACACUCGUUAAAGAAGCAUUCGAUGAUGAUCCACGGUUUCUUACAGCACGAGAUAAAGCUUAUAAACUCGUUGUGAAUGACGCCACGGUAUUUAAGUUAGAUUUGUCUACUCGGCAGGGCUCUGGAAUCUGUUGCGCAUCCAUUUUAAAUAGUAGACCUAUUACUAAUAAUAAUGGACUAGCCGAAUCGAAGUGUCCAGAACUCUUAGCAAAUUUCUGUGAUAUGCUUCUUAGAAAAACACCACUCAGUAAAAAACUAACUACUGAUGAAAUUGAAAAUAAAUUGAAGGAUGUGUUGUUAGUGCUAAAAUAUGUUCAAAAUAAGGACGUAUUUAUGCGUUAUCAUAAGGCGCAUUUAACUAGACGGUUAAUAUUAGAUACGACAACGGAUUCGGAAAAAGAAGAAAAUAUGGUAGAUAUGCUUCGUGAAGUUGGCAUGCCCGCGGAUUUUGUUAAUAAAUUAGCCCGUAUGUUCCAAGAUAUUAAAGUAUCUCAGGAUCUGAAUCAGCAAUUUAAGGAACAAUGUCGAGCUGCUAUUGCAGAUAGCAUAAAUAUUAAGAUUCUUAAUGCAGGUGCGUGGGCCAGAGGUAGCGAACGCGUCACCGUAAGUUUGCCACUACAACUGGAAGACUAUAUUCCGGAAGUCGAAGAGUUUUAUAAAAAAAAGCAUAGCGGAAGGAAAUUGCAAUGGCAUCAUCAUAUGUCGAAUGGCACGAUAACAUUUGCAAAUAAGGUGGGGCGAUUUGAUAUAGAUGUGACGACCUUCCAAAUGGCAGUAUUGUUUGCCUGGAAUCAACGACCCAACGAAAAGAUCUCUUACGAGAACCUCCGGUUGGCUACUGAGCUUCCGGAUCCCGAGCUGAGACGGACUCUGUGGUCUUUGUGUGCCUUCCCGAAGUUAAAACGGCAACUUCUUUUGGUGGAACCGCAUGCCGCUACCCCGAAAGAUUUUGCGAACGAUACGAGAUUUUGGGUUAAUCAAGAAUUUGCUAUUGUAAAAAAUGGCAAGAUGCAAAAGCGAGGAAAAAUCAAUUUAAUAGGACGUCUUCAAUUAUCAACAGAACGUAGCAGAGAAGAGGAUAAUCAUUGCAUUGUACAACUCAGAAUAUUACGGGUUCAGGAAGCUAUCAUUACGAUUUUAAAGAUGCGCAAGAUGAUCACUAAUGCACAAUUACAGACUCAACUAGUGGAUAUAUUGAAAAAUAUGUUCUUGCCGAGUAAAAAGAUGAUAAAGGAACAGAUCGAAUGGCUUAUUGAACAAAAAUAUAUUAAGAGACACGAGGAUGACAUUAAUACGUUUGUGUACAUGGCAUAACACGGGAUUAUAUAUACAUGCGAGAUUAUUCUAUGGCUAAUAUUAUAUUUUUAUAAAAAAAAAAGGAUUUAGUUUUCUCGUAUGUGAGAAUACGUUCGAGUCCGUCGCAUUACGCGAUUAUGUUUCACCUGUUUUCUUACAGUGCAGUGGAAAGAAAGAAAGGACGAUAUACUAUUGCAUUAAAAUUUGAAAUACGAAGUAUCGAUAGGACAAGUUGCAAUCACCUCCACCCGACAAUUGCCGACUUAUUAUACGUGUGAAUAAAGUGAAUUGUAUAGAAAAACUGGAAAAAUGUCGCAAUAAUAAUAAGAAAGAUGUACAAUAUCGUAUCAUGAUGAAACUAGCAUUUAUCGUUUAUUUUGGCAUUGAUUUAUAUUAAUUUAAAUAGAGAAGAAAAAGUGGGUUAAAUUAAAAGGAGAAUUAUAUAUGUAUAUACAUACACAUCGAUGGCAUAUUACUACAACUUUAAUCGUUUAUACUUCGCUAAAAAGAUAUUCCUGAAAUGUUUUUAUAUUUCUUUUCUCGAAUCUACUUGUAUGAAUAUACAAGCAGAAUGUAAACUAAAUUUGUCAACUUAAAUCUGUUGUACAUUAUUGACACGCUGCAACAAUUUGGCACUAAAAAUAUCGAUAAAUCCUUGCACAAAUCUGAACGACAGUG